UGUUGACAUGUCAUUUGUGCGGGUAGACUGUCUGUUAGAGCUCAAUCAUGGUACAUUGUCUGUUAACAGCAUUCUUACAGCUCUGUGUGUUGUCACAGCGCAGACGCUCACGGCUGUCAGUAAUUAUCGCUGUGCUGCAAAAACAGCCCAAAGCCAAGAGUCCCAAAGAGCUCAGCCAUGUCAUGCAAUGCUUGUGAACACACCUUCACAAAACAUUUGUUUAAUGGCGCCCCGCUAACGCACACGUAGCAUUAGGAUAUUCAGAGAAUGGUGGCCUUGCCCAAGGUUAACGAGGCCAGCACUGAAACUAAAACCAGUUUGGAACUGCAGUGGUGAAAGGUACUGGGUAUUUUUUAAACGGUGUGAAUUACAAAUCUACUUUAGGUCAUAAUAUGGAUAAACGCCUUCAGAAGCUCGACAUCCGCCAGUGAAAGCCCCAGGCAUCCACCUGGACCCCUAAGUCUUUCUCAUGAGGACAAUGUUAUACUACUGAUGUCUUAGACAGGAGGCAACAUGAGUACACACGUUCAAGAGUUAUUUCAUGAGAAUGCCCAGGGCUCUCAGAUUCAUGCUCAGCCAUGGUGGAAGGUGAAGCUCUUUGUGUGGGAGCCUGUGCUCUUUGGCACCUGGGAUGGUGUCUUCACCACAUGCAUGAUCAACAUUUUUGGAGUUGUUCUCUUUCUUCGCACUGGUUGGCUUGUGGGUAACACUGGGGUGUUACUGGGAAUGCUUCUUGUGUCACUGGUGGUCCAGGUUGCCUUGGUGACUGUCAUGUCAGGUAUUGGUGUUUGUGAGCGCUGUAGUGUUGGCAGUGGGGGCAUUUAUGCAAUGAUCUCUACGGUUCUCGGAGGAAGAGUUGGAGGCACUGUAGGGCUCCUCUAUGUGUUCGGACAGUGUGUGGCUGGAGCCAUGUACAUCACAGGCUUUGCUGAGUCCAUUGCUGACGUGCUGACUGUGCAGAGUGUGUGGGCUGUCAGAGGGAUCUCUGUGGCUGUCCUGCUGGCCUUGCUGGGGAUCAACCUGGCUGGCGUGAAAUGGAUUGUCCGAUUGCAGCUUAUCUUGCUGGCAAUCCUGGCAGUGUCCACUCUGGACUUCGUCAUUGGAACCUUCAGCCAUUUGGAUCCAGAGCAUGGUUUUAUUGGCUAUUCAGAGGAGCUCUUGGGGACAAAUACUCUGCCAGACUACAUGCCUGGAGAGACUUUCUUCACUGUGUUUGGAGUUUUCUUUCCAGCUGCUACAGGAGUGAUGGCGGGUUUCAACAUGAGCUCAGAUCUUCAAAAGCCUGAGCACAACAUCCCUGUGGGCACCUUGGCAGCUAUCUUCACCUCGUGGUUCCUGUAUCUCGUCUUUGUGUUCUUGCUGGGAGCCAUCUGCACCAGAGAUGCUUUGCGCUAUGAUUUCUUAAUAGCGGAAAAGGUCUCCUUGGUGGGUUUCCUGUUCCUGCUGGGCCUCUAUGUCUCCUCCCUGGCCUCUUGCAUGGGUGGCCUGUAUGGGGCCCCCAGGGUUCUGCAGUGCAUCGCCCAGGAGAGAGUUAUCCCUGCUUUGGCUUUCCUGGGACAAGGGAAGGGACCGAAUAAGACGCCAGUGGCAGCCAUCUGUCUGACGAGCAUGAUCUCCAUGGCCUUCAUCUUUAUAGGGAAGGUCAACAUUCUGGCUCCUAUCGUCACCAUCAACUUCAUGCUGACCUACAGCAUCAUUGACUAUUCCUACUUCUGCGUGGCCAAGAGCUAUGAGCUACAAGCCAAGGAGAGAAGACCUUUGAUUGAAAGACCUAGCUCAAGGAAACCACUAGUGACAAGCAGUCACCCGUGUUAUGGCAGCAAUGGUGCCAUGAGCAACCCCAGUAAUGGCACGCUGCUGGAGUUCACUAAAGACAUGAACCAGAUAUUUCCACUCCCCAGCGCAGGCAGCACAGAGGAAGAGAAAGCCUCUAGUCCUGCAGCCAAGGCCUGGGGCAGGAAGGCAAAAGUUCCUGCUAAAGAAACACUGAGCAGCAGUUUUGGGUUGGACUUGAACAGCAAUAGCCCUUUAGAGAAGGGAAAGGAUGAGAGGCAGUUUGAACAAAGCAUUGGCCCAGAUGAUGAGACCAGCAGCCAGACAGGGCUUAUGGAGUCUGAGUCAGGAGGGGAGAGGAAACUGUCCCUGCCUACUCAUGACCCUAUUGAACUGGAUCAGCUACCAAGGGAGGCAACAGACAAGAAUGAGUCAAAACCAAAGCUGGAAGCAUCUGAAAUACGACCCAUCCCAAAUUCAUUUUAUGCCAGGUUUUGCAAUCAUUGGGUUGCAUUAAUUGGUGCUCUGUCUUCCGUUAUGAUAAUGUUUGUCAUCCAGUGGGUUUAUGCCUUGGUGAAUAUGAGUAUUGCGCUCCUCCUUUUCCUCUACAUUGGAAAAGCAAGUCCAGGUUUGCCAACAGGUGCAGCGGCCCGCUUCAGCUUUUUCCGGUGGAUAAAGAGCUCUCUAAGCAGCCUGGGCAGGGGAAAACGCGAGUGUAGGGACCAGAUUGUGGUGACACCAUCUUUGUCAGCAGUUGGCAUGGAAACCAGGCAGUUGACUGAAGAAAAUGCAGACUUUGCCUUCCGAGACCGCUACCACCAUUCCUCUAUCAUCAACACCGUGGAUAAGAUGGUCCAUCCACAGCUUCGCUGAUGGGCCUCAUUUCUCUUACGUCAACCUGGCCAUUGAAGUGCAAUUCAUAAAGACUCUCAAAGCAGGAGAGCCUAUCCAGAAUUAGUUCUCUCUCCUGCUCUAUAUUUUGGAGACUGUGAUCAUGUUAUCUUAUGAGAGAUCUGAUUCCAGGUCAGUAAUCCUGUUCUGAGAUAAUUUAUUAAUACUAUAAAUACUCAGGCCUGGAGUGUAGGUGCAGGUGGCUGGAGCUUGUCACUGAUUAGAAGUGUUUUGGGUGGCAAUUUUACAGCACAAUUCUGACUUGUAUGUUUUGUUGUUUUGUUUUUCUUUUGGUCAUACUGUAAUACUCACCAGGCAUAUCAGAAGGACAGUCUAGUUUAAAUUUAUCUCAAUGUACAGGAAGUGCAAUAGAUCUUAUAUCUGCACCAUUAUGGCAACAGUGCAAUUUUUACAGACUGUACAUCUCCGCCUGUGUUUGAUGGGGUUCUUGCAUAGUGUUUGUAGAGUAAACAGAAGUAAAGAUAACGCAUGUAUUACUUAUGUUUGCUUCUUGCAUAGCCUGUGUGUUUAAAUGAACGGUCCAUAAUUAGCCAAACUGAACAUUUCCAAAGGCUGACUUAGCCCCUUAUUAAACGUCUUGUGGUCUGUGUGAAGGAUUAAAAUAUUCACAACCAUUUGUA